CAUAAAUAAUGCCCCCUGGCCUUCCAGUUCUAUGCAUAGAUCAUCGGAUCAUCUGGAAAUCCAAGUAAAAUAUCGGCAGUCGUACCGUUAACAUGUCUCUCCUCCUUGCUCCACCAUCAUACUUCCCUUUCCGUGCUCUCCGGCGAUCCACCGCCGCCAAGCAGCCAUGCCACCGACUCGUCCAGUACUGCACUGCCGAUCGGCAAUCGCCGGAGGCGGCCAGAAGAUCGGCCCAUUACCAGCCCAACAUGUGGAGCAAUGACUACAUACAGUCACUGAUCACCGUUGAGCCUCCGUUGAAGGUGGAGGAGAAGGACCAGACAAAGAGACUGAUGUUGCUGAAAGAGAGAAUUGCAGAAGUGAUAUGCGAGAAGAAGGAAGUGGAAGAGCAGCUCCGGUUGAUCGACCACCUGCAGCAGCUAGGAGUAGCUUAUCAUUUCAAAGACGACAUUAAAGGCUGUUUGAGAAAUCUUCACUCCUCUUUAGAAGAGAUAAGCUCGACAUUUAAGGAUGACCUUCACGCCUCCGCAUUGCUCUUCAGGCUUCUCAGGGAAAAUGGCUUCUCCAUUUCUGAAGAGAUAUGGAGAGAUGGACAGAUGGUUCUGCAAGAAGCCAUGGAAUUAACGACUGAACACCUCAAAAAUCUCUUAGAAGAAGGCUCUGAUAUGAAGCUUAAAGAGAGAGCGGCACAUGCUCUGGAACUUCCAUUGAAUUGGAGGAUGGAGAGACUGCACGCCAGGUGGUUCAUUGAAGCAUGCCAAAGAGAGGUCAUGGUCAUCAACAACCCUCUUCUACUUGAAUUUGCUAAGCUGGACUUCAACUCAGUCCAGAGCAUCUACAAGAAAGAACUCAGUGCUCUCUCCAGAUGGUGGGCAAAUCUCGGAGUUGUUGAGAAAUUACCAUUCGCCAGAGACAGAUUGACUGAGAACUACUUAUGGACAGUGGGCUGGGCAUUUGAACCAGAACACUCGAGCUUCAGAGACGCACAAACAAAAGGAAACUGCUUUGUCACAAUGAUCGAUGAUGUCUACGACGUCUAUGGUAACCUGGAUGAGCUUGAGCUCUUCACUCGUGUCGUCGAUAGAUGGGAUAUUAACGCGAUCGAGCAACUGCCAGACUACAUGAAGAUCUUAUUCCUUGCGCUUUUCAACACGAUAAACGACGAUGGCUAUAAGGUGAUGAAGGAGAAGGGACUGGACGUAAUACCUUACCUCAAGAGAUCAUGGGCAGAUCUGUGCAAAGCAUAUCUGGUGGAGGCAAAAUGGUAUCACCGAGGUUACACACCAACCAUUAAUGAAUAUUUGGACAACACAUGGAUUUCCAUAUCAGGCCCUGCCAUCUUCACGAAUGCUUACUGCAUGGCCGACGACUUAACCAAGCAAGACUUGGAGCGUUUCUCAGAGUACCUGGCCAUUGCAAAGCCCUCUUCCAUGCUCGGUCGACUUUAUAACGACUUAGCUACUUCAACGGCGGAAAUUGAGCGAGGAGAUGUUCCAAAAUCCAUUCAGUGUUGCAUGCACGAGAGAGGUGUUUCAGAGGGAGUGGCUCGUGAGCAGGUGAAGGAGCUAAUACGAGGUAACUGGAGGUCUAUGAAUGGAGAUCGGGCUGCUGCGUCUUCGUUCGAGGAGAUGUUGAAGACAGUGGCAAUGGACAUAGCUCGAGCUUCACAAUUCUUCUACCAGAAUGGAGAUGGAUAUGGCAAAGCUGAUGGAGAAACCAUGAAUCAAGUUAUGUCUGUGUUGAUCAACCCCAUCGUUCUAUGACUGAUUAAGGCAGUAAGAAAGAAUUUGUCAAAUCCGCCACUGUAACACUGGUCAUUGAAAAUUUUAUUAUAAACUAUUACAGCAACUAAUGAUAAUAAUGAAAAUAAUAUCUAAUUGAUUUCAAUUAAUUAGGAUUUAUUAAUACAAUCUGGACUUUAGUCCCUCGUACUCUAUCUAUGAAUAUUGUGGACUCUAAAUGGGUUUAUCGAAUUAAGUAUCGUGCAGAUGGU